CGACGCCAGCCAACUCCGCCACCAUCUCGCGAACAAAUAGAAGCGUUCCAUCAAUUUCUGGAGGAACAACGAGAUCUGGAACGGGAAGUAGAAAAUCGAAACCAGUUCGCGCUCCACCUCCUUGAACAACAACAGCAACAACAAGCGGAGUUGCACCAAUAUUUAGAGGAGGAAGAACCAGUACCGGCACUGGUUGACACUCCGGUCAGCCGGGAGGAGGUGGAGGAGAUGGAGGAGAUGGCGGAGUUACGGCAGAUACCGUACGAUGAAAAUGAAGCAGAUUUUAAUGGGGACACCAGGAGCGUCGGCAGGAAGUUCAGAACACGACGAAGUUGA